AUGGCUGAUCAUCAUCUUUUACAUUAUUGCGACUCAGCUGCGGUUGGGAACCGUUUCGCCCGCAAAGGUGCUCUGCGGCAGAAAAACGUGCAUGAAGUCAAAAAUCACAAAUUUACUGCCAGGUUUUUCAAGCAACCGACAUUCUGCAGUCAUUGCACAGACUUCAUAUGGUAAGCAUCAAUGCUCUUGUGCACCCGUCAUUGUGUGAAAGGGGAGAGGAAAAGUUGGUGCGCUCUCAUUGCGCUCGUGUUAGUGUAUUUUCUUGUUUACCCUAUUUGUUGUUUUGUAUAAUGCAAAAUAGGUCUGCCUUAUGUAAAGUGUACAAUAGUUUUGACAGAGGCACUGCUAUUAGACUCAUUAUUAGCCUAUUAGGCGCUUAUCCUCGCAAAAAUGUAUACUUUGUUAAUUCAAAUUACACCUUAUGUUAUCAACUUAAUUGGAUGUAGUAGUUAUGAAUGUUCAAUAAAUUCCAUUUGAUGCAAACAGUAAAUAAUUUCACAGGCGCGAUUCUCGUUAAAUCAUAUGGCGCUCGCACUUCACCUUACAAAAACACCCUUCUGCGCGCUGAUUGGCAACUAGAACUCAGUGCUCCCGAAUUGGGUAUGGAUCUGAUGCUAAUGUGCCAAUUGUUUACCGACCAGGCCAUACUAAACUCUCCCCAUAAAGCCUAUGUCUCUGAUGAUUGAGGGGGUGUAUCAGAUAUUGUUGUUUAUUUUGCACUCGCAUUCAGUAAGCUAUUGAAUUGAUCUUUCCCUUCUUUUGAAGUCUAAUUUCCCUCCUCCCCACAUCUUUCCAUGCUCAUGUCUUAUAGCCUGGACACAUCCGUAAACUCUCCAUCCAUUGUACGUCCACCACACAUCUUGCCAUGCUCAGGUCUUAUAGCCUGGAGACGUCUAAACUCUCCAUCUAUUGUACAUGAAUACAAUCAAAUGAUACAGCAGUAACCAUACUGCUAGCUCUGGUCCAGGGCUUUACUAGCAGAGGAAAGUGCACUAAUGCCCUGGACCACAGCUACCCCACUGGGCACAGAUGUCAGUUUACAUUUGGUUGAGCUGUCAACUAAUGUGAAUUCAGUGUAAAAUCAAAACGUUUCACGUCAUUGGAUUUAGCUUAAAAGUUGGGUUAAUUAAAAAAAUACUAAAUGCCCUUAAGUUGACUUUUUGCAAAUCCAAAUUGAUUCAACCUCGUCACAUUGAUUUGUGUUGAAAUGAUGUGGAAAAUGUUGAUUCAACCAGUUUUUGCCCAGUGGGACCCUAAUGUAUGACUUGAAGGAGCAUCAUUAGAAGGACAGGUAAGAACACCAUCUGUCCUGCUGUCACUGACUGCUCCUUCUCACUGCUUUUCACAGGGGAUUUGGGAAACAAGGAUUCCAGUGCCAA